GUUGAUCUCUCCCGUGUGGGCCCAACGGCCCACCGGGCCCUUGAUCCAUGCGCCCUGAUCGGGGCGCCCAACCCGUUAUGGUUGGUGACCCCUUGUGACCUGCGCUAUAAAUAAAGAGGUGGGGGCUGGGGCGCACGGUACGAGGUUCACCGCACCGCUAGACUCCACUGAUAACCCCUUCCGAUCUAGGGUUAGCGCGGUGCUCACGGGAAGCACCACCUUCGCCUACAUCCUUCCCUCACGUCACCGACGACUCCAACGCACCGAUGGCCGGCGCUGGGAGCUCGUCAGGCUCGGGAAUAGGAGGUUUUCACCUGAUGAGUUGCCUCAAGGAAAUUCCUACACUCAGAGGAGAUAAUUACUCUGAGUGGAGGAAGAAGGUUGACAUGGCUCUCUGCAUCGCUGAGGUGGACUGGGUUCUGGAGGAACCACAGCCAGUUGCACCUGCAGAACCAGUCAGAGAGGCUGAUGAGGAUGAUGAGAGCUGGGACAAAAAGCAAUCUGAUUAUGGAAAAGAGGAUAUGUCCCACUCCAUACGCAACAGGUUAUGGUUAAAUGCCAACAAGAAAUGUUUGAAGUUUAUAAAGAACACCAUUGAGACCACCAUCGUGGGCUCAAUUGCAGAAUGCCCUACUGCACAGGGAAUGCUUAACAAGAUAAAGAGUCCGUUUAUUGGCUCUUCUAAGACAUAUGCCACCCAGUUGAUCAAACAACUGGUGACAGAGAGCUACCAUGGUGGUGGCCAUGGCAUAAGGGAGCACAUCCUUCGGAUGAGCCACACGGCAGCUAAGCUCAAACCUAUGGAUGCGGAUCUGGAGAUCAAACCAGCUCUCCUUGUCCACCUGGUUAUGGCCUGCUGCCAAAUGAGUUUGAGACUUUUGUUGUUAACUACAACAUGGAGCCUGAAACUUGGGAUAUCGGAAAGGUCAUAGCUAUGUGCUCUCAAGAGGAGGAGAGAAUCAAGGCUUCACAUGGUGGCUCUCUUAACUAUGUGAAGGAAAAGAAAAAGGUUUUCCCACCUAACAAAGGUUCUCCCUCCAAGCCACAGGGCAAUGGCAAUGGCAAAGCUCCCAUCCAUUAUCAGCAUAAGCCCAUUCCAGUAGACAAGGAAACUUGUAUGUACUGCAAGGAGAAAGGGCACUACAAGAAGGAUUGCCCUGUUUGGCUAAAGACCUUCAUGGCUAAGAGAGGGAUUCAGUUCGACGAUAACUAUGCCAAGAAAUUCAAGAAGAAUUGAAGUCGCGAACGGUGUCCAAGCCGAAGUUGAAGUUGUAGGUGACGUCUCCUUGGAGCUAGCCAGUGGUUUCAAACUUCUGCUUAGGGAUGUGCUUUUCGUACCUUCAUGUAAUAGGAACUUAAUAAGUGUUUCGUGUUUAGACAAAGACGAUUAUCAAUGUUUCUUUGGACAUGGCAAAUGUGCCAUUUGGUCUAAUAAUGAUUAUGUUGGGAAUGCAUUUCUCCAUGACGAGCUUUAUCUAUUAUCACUAUGUGAAAAAGCAUCCUGUGUGUUGAAUGUGAAUGAACAAAGUACUUCG